GCGUUGAAGGGCAAAAAACAUUAUAGUCCAACCCACUGCGUGUCGAGUCCUGCCCUGCUCGAUUCCCACAUCACACUCACAUGUCGCUGUGGUGCAGAGAGUCACCGUGGGAUCAACGUCUGAACGCCACUGAAAGUUUCACUGGAUAUUUACACGUUUUUACAGGCUCUGUUUGUCUCUCGUCGCCUCCUAGUGCGCAGCCCCGGCAUUGAAGACAACUGAUUUUUUAGAAGGAAAAAUUCAAACCACAGGAAAUCCUAUUUCAUACCAUUGAAAGGAGCAUAUUUUUUUUCCUCUGCGUACUACAGCUGACGAACAAAGAAAGGAAUGCACCAUCAGAGGAGUUUCUGACACCGUCUCUGUGGAUCUAAACUCAGAAAACAAAAGAAAGAAACUUUCUGGGAACUCUUAAAAUGGCCACAGAGACUUUCCAUGCUGCUUACGCUGCCGCAGAGCCGUCCGCCAUGCCCGUGUCACCCUCCACAGGAAACCUGCUUCAGAUGUUCAACGAGUACCAGAGCAACAAAGUCAUCAUCGAGCACUACAACUACACCGGCAAGCUGAACAUGAACAAGUACAAGGACGGACUCAAACCGGAGGCCAUCGCCUUCCUCCUCGUGUGCCUGCUCAUAGUUGUAGAAAACGCCAUCGUUCUUCUCGCGAUAUGGAAGAACAAGAAGUUUCACCUGCCGAUGUAUUACCUGCUCGGCAACUUGACUCUCUCUGACCUGCUGGCUGGCUUCACCUACAUGGUGAACAUCGUCAUGUCCGGCGCCAAGACGUUAAACAUGACCCCGGUGCUGUGGUUCCUAAGAGAAGGUGGUGUGUUCAUCAUGCUGGCAGCCUCGGUCAUCAGUCUGCUGGCCAUCGCCAUCGAGCGCCAUGUCACCAUGGUGAGGAUGAAGCCAUAUCAGGGGGAUAAACAGGGGCGGAUGUUUGCUCUGAUCGGAGCGAGCUGGGUGCUGUCGGUGUUCCUGGGCAUCCUGCCCGUCCUCGGCUGGAACUGCAUAGGUCAGCUGACGCAGUGCUCCACAGUCCUGCCGCUCUUCGCCAAGAGCUACAUCCUCUUCUGCAUCACCAUCUUCAGCGCCAUCCUCAUGUCCAUCGUCGUGCUGUACGUCCGCAUCUUCCGCAUUGUCAAGUCCAACACCCAACGGCUGGCCUCGGUUCCUCAACGCAAGGGCCUCUACCGCAAGUCGCAGAAGUACAUGGCGCUGCUGAAGACGGUCACCAUCGUCCUGGGAGUCUUCAUCGCCUGCUGGUUGCCGCUCUUCAUCCUCCUCCUGCUGGACUUCUGCUGUCCGGCCAAAAGCUGCGAGGUGCUCCUCAAGGCCGACUACUUCCUCGGCAUCGCCAUGUUCAACUCCCUCCUCAACCCCAUCAUCUACACCCUGACCAGCAAGGACAUGAGGAAGGCAAUCAUCCGGCUGCUGUGCCGACACUGCCUCCUAACCAAAGACGGACAGGUGAAGAAGAUCGGGAUGCCAUUCUUGGAGUGCAGCACCAGUAAGACCGACGCAGCCUCUCACCGACUGGAAGGACUGGAGACGACGGUAUCGACGGGUAACUUAACUCCCUCUACCAUCAAAGCCAUUUACCCGAGGUUGUCUAAGACAUGACACAACACCAAGAGACUGUUACGACCGGGCUGCUUCUCUUUAAUCUGAGUUGCAGAUCUGCUCUAGUCGAGCAAACACGUACGACGGGAGCUGAAGUUUCGUGUUGCACUCUGCCACAGUUUGGAACUGAAUAAGCUUGAUAUAUGUGACAGAUUGGGAGACAGACAUUUCAUUUUUCUUUUAUAUAUCUUCUAUAGCAGUCAGCAUUACGCUUGUCCUUUGGACACUGAAAGGCCAGCAUCCGUCAGAAAAAGUUUCAUCAUUUCACAUAAACACAGCCCCAAAAAGCACAAGAUUUAACCUUAUCUCCCGGGGGUAGCCUCUAAUGAUACGUUGUUACAAACACAAGAGCAUCCACACCCAAAAUCUGCUGCCAAACCCAUGUAAUUUCUGCCAUGUGAGCUUUGGUCAGCAGUAAACGUUGGGUGAGAGGUGCCCCCCCUCCGGUUGGAGAUCAGAGGCUCGGCGGGGCCUGGAGACGCACUGAACCACGUCAUACGUGGAGGGUUGUUGCCGAGCGGUUUGCAGCUUUGGAGGUCCCUCCUCGACAUAUGUAGCGACACAUGAUGAAUGACUCUAAAGCAAUAAAGCUGACAGCGGAGGUUUGUUGACGCCUUCUCGGUUUGACGGACUAGAAUAUCGCAGUGAUGCGAUUAAAAAAACAAAACAAAAACAAAAAAAAGGACAGAUGUCUUUUCUUCUUCCUAUCGGAGAGAGUUCACCAUGAAGCGAAUCUGUUUUUCCUGUGAACGACCACAGAUUAAAUCUCGUCCCACAUAGUCGAGAUCUGUCACAGCCCACACGGCAGACCGAGUCAGGGCUUCAAAGCGCCGGGGGGAAUUUCACUGUGUGUCGUUGUGACAUGAGUUAAAACAAGAAUGGACGUAAUUUUGUACAAAUGUAUAACUUUGUAAAUAUCUAUAUCGUUUCUCUGAGCUGCAUUUUGUAUUGUAAAAAAAAAAAAAAAAAGUCACUUAAGUUAUGAUGCCAGUUUUAUACGUGCACUGAAUAAAAAAAUAUGUGAAUCAUGUUGA